UGAACAGCAGGUAAAGUAAAUAAAGAAUAAUAUAAGCAAAGCAGAAGGCUACACAAAAAAUACAGAUAUACAAAAGUUUAAUAGUCAUACAAUACAGGACACUUGAAGGAAGCUCAAGGAAGCUGUGCGACAGGCAUUAAAGCUGUCAACAAUUUCGGGAUCAAGUUUAUCGUAGCCUACUAAGCAAAAUGAGUAACCAGGAAGUUUCCCAGAGCAAAACCAGUGGGGAUGUCACUGAUGAUGAGGCUUACUACAACCAAUUAUACGAAAGAGCUCAAUACAGGAAGUCAAAAUCUGCAAAGUGUGCCAAAAAAUUGGAGCAGAUGCAAGAAUCUAAGAUAAACAGAGUGAAAUCUGCAAAAGUUGUUCUCCCUUGGCAUCAUUAUGCAAGCAAGCACAACCAGAAAUUGGAGAGCAGGCUCAAAUCUUAUCACAUCAUAUCGGAUUGCGAGGACUUCUUCAGAAACGUUCAAGUGCCUAUUUCAGAUCUCAAGGACUUAAAUGUUGAGCUCAGGGUCCAACGUCUUGUGCGAAAAGUCGAGGAAAUCAAAGAAGUUCAAAACCAACUUGUGCGCCAAAAGGAUAAUGAUCUUUACAAAAUUCUUAACCCAGUUUAAUAACAAAAUAUUUUAUAUGCUUAAAUCUGUAUUUAUUAGCUUUAAGAUUGCAGUUCUUGGUCCAUUACAAAGAUAAAAAAAAAAUGUGCGGAGGAACUAUUACAGUCCACAAAUUAUAAAGAGUAUUUUUAACAUUGAAAUAAACUAAAUUUGCACAAUCAGCACAAUAUCUGCGCUUU